UCACGGCAAGAUACAUCAGGAUCAUUAUUUUAGAAUACAAUGGCAGCCCCUGCCUCAGAUUCGAUGUUCUUGGGUGCUUACCCGAACUAGAAACUGACAUCGCGACCAACAUCACCAAUGAGACCUUUUUCAACACGAAGAACUUUCCAAAAUACUACGGACAAGCUCGCCAUUUCCAAUGGACAAUCAUCGCUAAGCCGGACACUUUUGCUCAAGUACACUUCUUGCAGGCUUCCACUGCGAAGAGGGAAGAGGAAUGGAAGGAAGGCGGACAAGUUAUCCAAACUGGCUUGUGUCAGGAUCAACUCAACCUAACGUAUGGUGGUAACCCCACGGAUAUCAUGCUCGUCAAAGAUGGGGAACGGAUCUUUCUCUCCAACGGAACGACAAUUUAUAUUAACCUGACCACGUGUCACAGGUAUAGGACACCUAUUAACGAUGGACCGCUCUCUCAUUUCGGAUUCAACGCUUCAGUGUACCUUUCUGAGUGUCCCGGCUGCUCUGUCCAAAGUGAAUGCCAGGGGACCACCGUAUGCGAUACCUCCUGCGGCCACAUCCUCUCGCUCAACUUCCCCUCGCCCUACCCAAAGAACUCCAAGUGUACCUGGGAAAUCACGGUCCAGGUCGGGCGAUAUGUGGCGCUGGAGUUUGUUGUGUUCGACGUUUUUGAGGAGACUUCAACAGUAUGUCACGUGGACUAUCUGGAAAUGUUUGAUUUCGACCACACAGGUGAUAAGCGAAUGUCCAUCGGCCGUUUUUGUAACUCCCACAUACCGCCAAAGCUGACCUUGUCCAGUUGGAACAAACUGGGGCUGGAACUGAUGACGAAUUUCAAAGACGAACGGCCAGGAUUCCACGCCAAGUACAAAUCGUUGACUUACGCUUUCUCUACCGAGAAAAACACGACAGUGAAUAACUGCCAAUUGAACUGGUUUAAUUACGGGCCCAGUUGUUACUUCAUAAACCAAACUGAGGGCGCUUACGUGACAUGGUUGAAGGCACGUGAUCUGUGCAUCAUUUCCGGUGGCUAUCUUGUUUCGAUCAACGAUCAGAAAGAAAUGGAGUUUAUCCAUUACACGUUGACCACUCUGACAAAGCAGCUGGAUAACCGCUUCUAUAUUGGCCUAAGCGACCGGGAAAGAGAGGGGAGCUGGACGUGGGAGGAUGGGAGUCCAGUCACCUUCAGUGCCUGGUCAGUAAGCGGAGAAUUUGCCCAGCCUGAUGGGAGCCAGACGGAAGACUGUACAAUGAUAUUAUUGAACAAUAUCUAUUCCUUCAACCAAUGGCAUGACAUUCCCUGCUCGUACAACAAGGUCAACCAAUACAUUUGCGAGAAACCGGCAUAUGGUACUAAGGCAAAGAAUGCCACCUCGGUCGUUGAUGAACGCCAGGCAUAUUUCAAACCUGGCUGUCCCUAUCCAUGGUUCAGGUGUUCCCGAGGCGAGUGUAUCAGCAGUGAUCAUGUUUGCGACGGCAAGAAAGAUUGCUUUGACGGGAGCGAUGAGGAAGCUUGUGUGCCGCCAUGUCCAGAGACGUCCUUCCACUGCGCAAACGGGAGGUGUAUCUCUUUGACACUCUUCUGUGACUUCGAAGACCACUGUGGCGACCGAUCUGAUGAGAUUCACUGUGUACCUCGGAAAUGCCAGGCGGAGGAAUACAUGUGCAGCAAUGGCGAAUGUAUACCGUCACGAAAUCGUUGUGAUUUGGUUAGAGACUGUGUUGAUGGCACAGAUGAAGAGAAUUGCCAGACGUGUCAAAAAGAUGUAGCUUACCAAUGCUACGAUGGAACAUGUAUCCCCAAGUCCACGCGCUGUGACAGCCGCAUAGACUGCCCAGGAAGUUUCAAUGAGGACGAGUCCCUGGGAUGUGCCACAGAAACGCGUCAGACGUGCGCUGAUUGGCUCAGAGACGGUCAUGUGACUAACGGAAGUCGCGUGAUCAACCCUGGAUCAUUAGGGGCAUUCGAAGUUGAGUGUCAGAUACACAGCGAUCAUGGCCAUGUUGUUACUGUUGUCCAUCACAACACUGCCGUCCGUACAUCUGUACAUGGGUACGAGGAGUAUCUAUCUUACAUCAGGAACGUGACGUAUUAUGACGUCACCAUGCAACAGAUAACGGCACUAAAGUCCCUCUCAACUCACUGUGACCAAUUCAUGAAGUUGGAAUGUUUCGCCUCCUCCGCUGUUAAGAACCUGAAUGGAUGGUAUGACAUAAAAGGGGAACUGAACUUGUACAACGCCGGCAACAAAAUGUAUCCGAAGUGCAAAUGUUGGCUGGAUAAAGCUUGUGAAGAUGACAGAGAAUUAUGCUGGUGUAUGAAUAAGCUAGAUGGUUUUGAAUGGUAUGCUGACGAAGGCUACUUGACCAACACAGAUCGUCUUCCUAUCACGGCCUUCACUCUGCAGGAUACGGGCGACCAGAAUGAGUAUGUCUACCAUACCGUAGGCCCACUCAGGUGUUAUCAAGCGUUAGAACCCUCAGUGCAGAAGUUCAAGUGCAAGAAUGGGCAGCCAAUUAGUCAGAAAGAGCGAUGCAAGGCCCACAAUGACCAGCAUGGGAACGACAUUGGCUGUAGAGACAGGAGUCAUCUCGAGAACUGCGGUGAUGCUGUGUGCCAAGAAGGCUACAUUAAGUGCCCAGGGAGCUACUGCAUACCAGUUGGUUCUUUAUGUGACGGGACAUGGGACUGCCCGAUGGGGGAGGAUGAAAUUAGUUGUCAGAGUGAUCAGCAGGCUAAAUGUCCCGGGAUGUACAAGUGCAAGUCAAAAUGGAACUGUGUACAGUGGGAACGAGUUUGCAACGGGGAACGAGACUGUCCAGAAGGCGAUGACGAACGUCACUGCUACCUGUCAUGCCCUGAUAAAUGCAGCUGUAACUUGUUGACGUACAGAUGCAAAUCAGUUGGACUGACGUCACUUCCUGCCAACAUCUCAGCCAACGCACGGAAGUUGGAUCUCAGUAGGAAUGCCAUAAAAUUGGACAGUGGGGUAAUUUUUGAGUUUUGGUGGUUGGGAGAAUUAAUUCUCAGCGAGAACGCACUGACACAUUUACUGCCCAAUCUGUUCGUUAACUUAAAGAAUCUUUAUCUUUUGGAUCUUUCUCACAAUAAUUUGAAGUCGCUCAAGCCUGGAACCUUUGCUGGGCUGGGUAACUUGGUACGUCUCGUACUCUCAGGGAAUCAUCAGCUCGGGACUAUGUACCCAGAUACUUUUACAGGACUUGACAGACUUCCCGUGCUUGAUCUCUCAGAGUUUAAACUCCUCGCUUUAGAGAAUCAUUUCUUUCGGGGCCUUCAUAGCUUGGAAAAUCUGACACUCUCAAAUAACAACAUCGCCCGUAUUGAAGCGAAUGCAUUUGCUGGUUUGGGGAACCUGACACGGCUCAAUAUGUCCGGGAACACAAUAGAAACUUUCUCGAUCACAAUCUUUGACAAUUUGAACCUGGAUUUCCUCCAGACGGAUGACUUCAGUUUCUGCUGCCUCGUCCAUGACAGGCUAUCUGAAGAACACUGCUUGCCUCCAAGGGAUGAGAUAUCCUCCUGCGAGGACCUCAUGCGCGACGACCUUCUCCGGGCGACACUCUGGGUGUUGGGUUGCUGCGCAUUCUUCGGUAAUGGGUUCGUCUUCAUCUGGCGCUUCUUCAACAAGGAAGGGAACGCAAUACACGGGCUAUUCGUUCAGCAUCUUGCCCUUUCGGACUUCCUGAUGGGGUUGUAUCUGCUGGCGCUUGGCGCAGCUGACAUCCACUUCAGAGGGCGCUACAUCGAGCACGCCAACUCGUGGAGGAGGAGUUGGAUGUGUAAUGCCCUUGGGGCAAUCGCGACGAUAGCAAGUGAGACCUCAGUGUUUAUGCUUUGCUCAAUCACGACUGAUAGGUUAGUCAGUAUUGCUUUUCCUUUUGGAGGCAAACGGCUCAACAAGAAGCGUGCUUACAUAGUCCUUUGCGUUGUCUGGACAUCUGCCGUCCUUAUUGCUUGCGUACCACUCUUGCCGAUUGGGUAUUUCCGGGGACAAUUUUACUCUCGAGCGGGCGUCUGCGUCUCCUUGCACAUUACACGGGAGACUCCACCCGGAUGGGAAUACUCCGUCGCCAUCUUUCACGGCUUGAACUUCGCCGCUUUCCUCUACAUUGCCUUUGCCUAUGGUAGUAUGUUCAUUGUGAUCAGAGAGACGGGGUCUGCUGCAGGGGCCAAAGAGAAACAAGCGGAGAUAGCUGCGGCCAAGAAAAUGAUUCUGGUCGUACUCACGGACUUCCUGUGCUGGGUUCCCAUCAAUAUCAUGGGUUUUAUCGCCCUAGCUGGAGGAAACAUCCCCGGGGAAGUAUACGCAUGGACAGUUGUCCUCCUCUUACCUAUUAACUCUGCCAUCAAUCCUAUUUUGUACACCAUAUCGUCAAUGAAUGUGAAAAAGCGUCGGAAAACGUUGCAGCGCGCCAGAACAGCUCUUGUAAAAGAGACCACUUUAAACUCGGCGGCGGAGUUCAAUCAAAAGCUUAAUAACGUGUCAGGUGUCAUGGUAGAGUGUUGUAACUCAGGGGAUCAGGUUACACUGGGAAGGCUCCUCAACAGCAGCAUGCUGUCCAUGAGGAACAUCCUCCACGCACUGAGGGAGGUCACCAGGACAUUGGUGAAACUCCACGAGAUGUCGCUUUGUUUGGGGGCGCUGGACAUGGAUGAUGUAUUGGUGCGGUUGUCGGGAACUGACUCGCCUCCGAACGUAUGGAUCGUAGCCAAACCCCGCCCUGCUCAAAAUGAGUUCCAGUUCGCCACUGAUGUUGAUGAACUGCGGAAGGUUAUCGUAAAGAUUCUUCGGAUACGGGCAAGUGCCUGAAGACACGGACUUGUCAAUUGUCUUUGCUGAAAAGCUUCGUCGAAUUUUAAUACCUGUACAUCGAAAUGAAUUGGUACAUGUAGUGUCAAUCACGGACUUUAUACACUAUGUAUACAAGUCCGUGCACUAAUUAAGUAGGAUUCGAUGAACACUGUUAUACAACGAGAAAGCUGUUAUUCGUAGAUGAUAGCUUAACUUUCGUUUAAGGCGAUCAUGCCUGCCGCUAAAUUCUUAGUGCCUGAAAUCGUAUGAAAAUCGUUGCCUUACACUUGAAAGCAGUGUCAGCAAUAAAGCUCGACGCCGAUAUUUAGCCGUCCUUGCCUCUUAGUUAUUUUUUGGCCGGGAUGGACAAACAUCACAUGCAAGCGUGCAAUGUGUUUGGCCGCUGUGGCGUCUUACAAUGUCGUUGCUUUU